AAGAAGAAGAACGGAUUCUAACAUUCUAACCCGAUUUUAUUUGUUUUCAAUCAAAGUUUUCAAUUUUUGGAGGAAAAACUAUUUUUUGCUAGAAACGUUUACGAUAAAAAUUGGCUUUAAUUGAAUAAAUGCACAAAUUACAAAGAUGAAACCGAAAAUUAGUACUGGAUACUUUACUCCUCAAGGAUCGAAAACAAAGAAGAAAACGAAGAACUUAUCCGGCUCUAAAGACGAUGAAAACUCAAACGCAGAAUUUAACAACAAAUUGUUCGAAUCUAUGAUGAAAAAUCCAGAAAAAAAGAAAUUGGUACUGCAGCUGUUGGCUCUUAACAAAGAUGCCAUAAAAGAAUAUCAGGAGAAAGAGGUGGUAAAGACUCCCGAUUCUGUAAAGAAAGUUAAGAAGAAAGUAGCCUGUGAAAGUCCAACGGCUUUGUAUAGAAGAAGGGCUUUAGAGCAUAUGAACAGAGCCUCCGAUAGCCCCUGUUCUUCACCUAAAGUAAGUUCUAAAACAUCAGAUGUUUCGGUCGAUUCUUCUCACCCUGUAGAUCCUGAUAAAGUCUUUGAAGGGGUAACAGCAUUUGUCGAAGUACUAAGCAAUGGGCAGGACCGAUCUGAAGGUGUUAAAUCAAUUUUACGCAAGAUGGGAGCCAAGGUUAAAGAUAGAAUAUCCAGCGAUGUUACCCACGUUAUUUUUAAGGGUGGAUCUUUUACAACAUAUAAUAAAGCAAAUAUAAUUAAGGCACAUAUUGUAUCGAUUUUGUGGGUGGAAACUUCAAGGAAGGCCUUGCAGAAACAAGAUGAGGAAUUGUACCAUGCCAUUAGGAACCGAAUUUAUGAUGAUGAAAGCUCUUUUGUCUGUUCGCAAAUUGAAAAAGAAUACGAAGACCUGAUUAGGGAAGAAUAUAAAAAAAGCCUCGCAGAAGGCACUCCCUUGCCUUCAACUGAAUCCCUGAUUAAUAGGAGAAGAACAAUGAUGGCACCUUCAGCCUCUAGCAAUGCCUCGUUUUAUAGUGCCAGAGCAAGCGUAUCACCACAGAAAUCAAGUUUUAAUAACAAUUCACAGUCGCAGGAGAAUAAGAGACUGACCUCUAAUAAUAUUGAUUCUUCUGAUAUGGAAUUGACCGUCAUUAAUGGUUCUAAACCAAUACUAUCUGGGAGUAUUAAAGAAAAAAGUGAUGAGAUAUUUGCCGAACCCUCGCUAAGGUCAAAUAAAAGAAGCGUGAUAGAUAAAAGAAGAACUAUUUGUAGCAUUGUAACGGAUUCAGACAAGACACCAUCUGAUCUGGCUUUGAAUAGCUCGGAUAAUCCGAAAAUGUCAGACACUAUUCUCAAUGAACUAUCCAACUCGAAUGAGUCUAUUGUGUUUGGUAAAAAUUCUGUUAAAGUUUCUAAAAAAUUUAUUCCAACCACAAUUGAGUUAUCAAGUGGUAACUCUAAAGAGUCAGCAAUGUCAUCUUUGAGAGUUUCAUCUUUAGGAGGUUCUAAAAAAAAUUCGUCAAACCCAUCAAUUUUGGAAUCGUCCAGUACAAUGUCUAAGUUAAACUUAUCCAGUGGUAACACCAAGGAAUCAUCUAUGUCUUCAUUAAAACUUUCAUCUGUUGAACAUAGUUCUUCUUUGAAGAAUUCAGGGAAGAAUGAAAAUUCUAAAAAAGUUUCAGCAAACCCAACAAUCUUGGAGUCGUCCAGUACAAUGUCAAAAUUAAACUUAUCCAGUGGUAACACCAAAGAAUCAUCUAUGUCUUCAUUAAAACUUUCAUCUGUUGAACAUAGUUCUUCUUUGAAGAAUUCAGGGACGAAUGAAAAUUCUAAAAAAGUUUCAGCAAACCCAACAAUCUUGGAGUCGUCCAGUACAAUGUCAAAAUUAAACUUAUCCAGUGGUAACACCAAAGAAUCAUCUAUGUCUUCAUUAAAACUUUCAUCUGUAGAACAUAGUUCUUCUUUAAAGAAUCCAGGGAAGCAUGAAAAUUCUAAAAAAGAUUCAUCAAAUUCACUGUCUAAUUCAAACUUAUCCAGCGCAAACACCAAAGAAUCUUCCAUGUCUUCUUUAAGAGUUUCUUCUUUGGAACAACGUGUUUCCUUACAGAAUUCAACAGAAAGUGACAGAGUUAGUUUUGCUUCAAGCGAAGGAAAUAGCUCGGGAGCAAUGAGCAAAGUUGUUGAUGAUAUUGUAAGGAUUUUAGUUACACCAAAGCCUCAGAAAGAUGAUAUGAUGGAUGAUUCUGUUGAUACCGAUGACUCAGAGAUAGUAUCGCCUGCUAGAAAAGGUAUUAGAAAGUCAGUGUUUCCUUCUGGUAGUGAUGGUUUAAAAGAAAAUGUACUGAAAAGUAAUAAAAAAGAGGGAAAGAACUCAGAGGGAGGUUCUACUGUUAAAAAGGGUACUAGAAAGUCAUUGUUUCCAUCUCAUAUUGAUGAUUUAAAAGAAAAUGAACUGCAGAGUAAUAAUACAAAGGAGACAAGUAGUUCAGAGGAAGACUCGUCUAUUAAAAAAAGGACCAGAAAAUCAAUAUUUCCAUCUGAUAAUGAUGGUCCGCAAGAUAAAGUACUGAAAAGUAACAAAAAAGCACCAAAGAAUUUAGAAAGAUCUGUACCUGUUAGAAAAAGUACUAGGAAAUCAUUAUUUCCAUCUGGUGAUGAUGGUCCACAAGAAAAAGUACUUAAAAGUAAUAAAAAGGGACCAAAGAAUUUAGAGGAAUCUGCAUCUGUUAAAAAAAGUACCAGGAAGGCAUUAUUUCCAUCUGGUGAUGAUGACCAACAAGAAAAACUGCUUAAAAGUAAUAAAAAGGGACCAAAGGAUGUAGAGGAAUCUUCAGCUGUUAAAAAAAGUACCAGGAAAUCAUUAUUUCCAUCUGGUGAUGAUGGUCCACAAGAAAAACUGCUUAAAAGUAAUAAAAAGGGACCAAAGGAUGUAGAGGAAGCUUCACCUGUUAAAAAAAGUACCAGGAAAUCAUUAUUUCCAUCUGGUGAUGAUGCUCCACAAGAAAAAGUGCUUAAAAGUAAUAAAAAGGGACCAAAGGAUUUGCAGGAAAAUUCACCUGUUAAAAAGAGGACCAGGAAAUCAUUAUUUCUUCAAGUUAAUGAUGAUUUAAAAGAAACCAUUUCGAAAACUAACAAGAAAAACGAUCCAAGAAAUUUAAAAUCUUCAACCAGCUAUUCCAGUGGCGAAUCGGACCCAAACAAGCAGGAUUCGGGUAAAAAAUCCAGAAGAAAACGUAGGCUGUACGAUCCAGACGACCCGGUACCUCCGGUGGAGGUGAACGACGAUGAAGAGCGCGAAGCAAGAAGAUUGGAAAUUUUAAGCAAGAAAAAACCCGGAAAUUUAACCAGUCCAAUUGAAGAUUCAGCAUCUCCAAAUAAAUUUGAUAACAUCACGAGGAGAAAAUCCAAAAGACCGAGUACUACUCAAAGAGAAAAUGUGUCUGAGAGUUCGUCAGAUGAAGAAAUUUAUAGGGCCGGUAAACCAAAGAAAGCUAGAAAAGUGAAAAGAGUUCCCCAACAAGAUAAAACGGUUGAUUUCGAUAGUUCGGCCGAUGAACAGCGUGAAUUGUUGAAGGAGGUUGAAUCAAGGAAAGUUGGGGAGACUGAGAGUCAGAUGACAGGUCGUAGAAGAUCGAUGAGGGUGUUUAAACCGCCUAGAAAAUACGGGUAUGAGGAUGAUGAUGAUUAUGGGACACCCCGUACGCAGAACAGGAGGAGUACCAUCGAUUUUAAUCCGCCCACGCAGAGAAGUACUAUGAGGAAAGCUAAGAAGAACAAUGGUAGGAUGUCGACGAUCGUUUGUACGAAGUUGCACAGGGCUGAAGUUCAAGUGUUCACAGAGGCAGUGAAAAAAUUAGGCAGAUUUACUGUAGAGAAUGUGGUGGGCAAUAAUACUAGCCAUUUAGUUGCUGGCGAAGCCAAAAGAACAUUGAAUAUGAUGAAAGCAGUGGCUAGGGGUUGUUGGGUGUUAAAUUAUGAUUGGAUUUUACAAUCCCUGAAAUCCGGCAAGUGGCUUCCCGAAGUAGACUUCGAAGUGACCGACUUCGCGCCGGUAGUUCAAACGUCCCGCCUCCAACGCCAAGCGUUCGGCCACAAAUACACGCUGGACGUGUUCCAGAGAUGCGGCCCCAUUUAUGUCGCACCCGACACCAACCCCAAAUGCCCGGAACUGCGCGAUUUAAUAGUGCUGUGCAAGGGCCAGGUGGUGAACACCAAGCGAAGAGCUCGUAUCAUUGUUGGAGAGACAGGGUCUGACGAUGAGGCGACUUGCGUCACCGAAACGUGGGUCCUGGACUGCGUGACGUCCAACAGGAAGAUGCCGUUUAAAGAGAAGUAUUUGCUGAAGAGGGAUAACAACAAGAAAAGAGUCAGUUUAGUGGUGUAAGCGUUAGAGGCUGUUUUGUAAUUAUUGUUUACUAGUUUAUUUUUAUAUUCUAAUUUAUUAAGAUUUAUAUCGAUUUAGGUUUACUUAUAUAUUGAAUAAAAUUAUUUUUGUAAAAUUGAAUGAUGAAUCGAAUAUAUUAUAGUUGUUUGUCUUG